AUGGAUACUAACAUUGCUGAGCAACAAGCUGUGAAUGAAGUUACUAAACAAGAUGAGCAGGCUUCUGUAGCAGCAAACUUAAAUCAACAUGGGCCUUUAAUGAUUUUGUCGAGCGGAAAAGUGGUAGGCAAUGUGAAUGUUAACGUUAAUCAAGAUGAAAGACAGCAGGUGCAAGUGGGAAACAAGUCUGCAGUUUUUGAAGUUGAGGAAGAUGGGCAUGUAAAUACUACUGUGGGGGGAGAUAAUGAGGCCAACAAUCAGUUGGUAGUAGUAGAAGAUAGUAAUAAUCGAACUCAUAUACCUAGUCCAGUUACUAUUGGGAAAACACUUAAUGCAGCAGCACCAAAAUUUAAUCCUAAGUCUCCUGGGACUGGAGUGUCUAAGGAGGGUAAUAAUGGCAACUCGAUCGACAAAGUUAAGGACACAUUUGCAACAAAUAAAGAGUCUACCUCACAAUGGUUGGGCGAUGACAAGUUAUGGAGUGAUCAAAUUGAGGAGGAUUCAGAGAAGGGUGAACUACGGGGAGAUGAGGAAGAUAGUGAUGAUCAAGACAUAGCUGAAGAUGAUCAACAUGGAGAAGAGGAACAAAGUGUGAAUAGACAAGAUGUAAAAGCUGUGACAGCACGCAAUGACAACCAGAUUAAUGACCAACCUAAUGUGGAGAAUAAUUUGUUGAAUGAUCCUGGGGGUACUAGAGGAGAUAAAAGUGGCAAUGAAGAGAAAGCUAAAGUUGAAAAAUCACCAAUCCUCAUUCCCAUGAGAAAUCAGCUGGCAGCUCAACAGAAGGAUCAUGGUAAUAAUGAGAAUGUGGGAGGCAAAUGGAGAGAUAUGGAUGAAGAAUCUACGGCACGGAACUUUAUGAAUGUGGCAAGGCAAGGUGAUCUUUCACCUAGAGAAAUUGAGAAAGGAAAAUCUGCUGGGAGAGGAAAGAAGAAGCAAUCCAUAGAGAAUCAAAGUAAUAGAGAAAGGCUUAUGAAAGUUCAAGCAGAUUUCAUAAAAUAUUUAGCUUUGGAGGAGGAAUUCUGGAAGCAUAAAUCUGGAAUGUCAUGGUUCAAAGAUGCAUAUAGGAACACAAAGUUUUUUCAUGCUCAAGUCAAUGGAAGAAGGAAAAGGUUGGAAUUGAAGAGAAUUCAAAAUAGCGAGGGCACUUAG